UAACUUUAAACUGCAUUUAUAUACGUACCAACAUGCAACAGGAUUUCAUUUUGUCUCUGGAUCACUAUGUUUGUUAGGACGGACGGGCGAAACAAAUGCCUUACUGAUUGUCAGGUGGUUACAGUGAACUCAGUUCGAUAAUAAUGCCUGACUGACUGAAUUAAAGAUCAUUUAGUUUUAAAAUGACACUACUGUACAUAACCUAAUUGUUCGCAGUUUCGUAUUAGAGUUAUCUUCCUUUGGGAAAAUGGAAGAUACCUGGAAAAGCCUAACGGAUCCAGUUUUGUUGGUGGUAUUUUCUUAUUUGGAUGUACGAGAAUUAAACAUCGCUUCGAGAACUUGCAAGAAUUGGUAUCGUGUAGCUCAAGACGAAAGUUUAUGGAAAUGUCUGACAUUCAGACGACUUGGAUGUCGAUACUCGCGUCAUAAUGCGAUAAGUUGGAAAUCGGAACUAAAGCGACUGACGUACCAUGUGCCAGUAUAUCUACAUCAAACAUGUGAGGGUCACGUGGACGAAGUAUAUUACGUCUGCUUCUCCAACAGUGGACAGCUGCUUGCUACAUGUGGAGCAGACGGUAUUGUAAAUAUUUGGAGGUAUGGCCAUGAUACUGCAUUGAUGCAUUCCAAACAAAUUGUAGAUAAUCCUUCUUACGUGAACUACGUGGAAUUUAACAAGGCGGAGACGCACCUGCUUGUACACUGUGUGUGCAGGGAGGAUGAGUUCUUCAACACAGUCGCAAUUCUCUCCAUAGAAAAGGGGGCUAUACAAAUAGUGGCGGCCAGGAGUUCUGAAAUUCCGCAAUUUAGAGGUACAUGGCUCAGUAACAACACGUUCUUGAAUGCAGAUACAACCGAUUCUUCGUCUCCCGAUGACUGGAAAUUAACUGCUUGUAAGCUUAUGGAUGAGGUUUUAGAUGAGAAUGAUCCGUCUUUGGGGCUUCGCAUUCAGAAUUUUCUGUCAAAGAAAAAUUUGGACGUGAAAAUACUCCUGCAUAUGGAAGGUAUGGCGUUUUAUGCUAAUUUUGUGAAAGUAAUAGACUGGUCAGAAUGGAACUAUGACGUAGCAAAUGGACAACAAACAAAUACAACCACAAACGAAAUGGUGACAGCGCUCUACUUACAGAGCAAAAAUUUAGAGAAACACAACAGAAUCGUAUUCUACAAAAUUAACUUGGACUCUCCCGAUCCAGUGGCACCUCAACCUAUCAAGACAAUUGUAAUCAACAGCGAAUGCUUAGGGAUUCAGCUGUCAGAGGACCACAGGUGCUUGGUGUACAACUUAAGGCGAUUAUCUGCUGAUGAGUACAAUAUCUGGCACGAAAAGGAAGUCGUCACUAUGGUAAUCAACUUGAAAAAAAUGGAAGAAAAACCGGAAACAUUCGAUGACAACAAACCCCUAGAAAAUUCUUUUAACCUAUCGUACUUCUUUCCAAGUGUAUCUACCGACCUUGUUGCAAAUGAAUCAGACCCAGAUAUUGUUCAUCUAUGGGAUCGUCACUCGCAUCAAAUUGUUUCGAGGUUGUCACAUCGGCUUCCAAACGCACCCACGCAGAACGGCGUGAGUGCCGUUGCAUUUCACCCACGUGACCAGGAAGUCCUCGUCAGUGUAGCAGAUGAUCGCAAACUUAGAAUAUGGAUGUCUACGAAUAGACAAAGACAUUGUUGAGACUAUAACUAUACAUAUGUAACAACUCGCUCUCCUUUACGAUACAUGGAUCAUAGGCAUGAGCUUUUAGAAACGUAAAAGUCUUGGUCGAAAUAAAAUUGUGUUUUAAAAUA